AUGGCGGAGCCCGGGGAGCGGCGGGGCCGGGCCGGGGGCACCGGGGGAGACUGCGGCGGGCUCGGAGCCGUGUCCGAGCUGCCCCGCAGAGCUUUGAGCGCUGCAUUUGGGGCCGCUCGAACCCAGCCCGAGCGCCGCGUUCGGGCUCCGGGCGGGCUCUCCCGGCCGGGGCCGGGCUGUGUCCCCGAGCUCCGAGCGGGGCCCGAGGCACAGCCCCGGCCGGGCUGCCCCGGCCCCGCGGAGAGCUCCGCAGCAGCGGCGGAGCGCCGCGGGCGGGGCCGGCGGCGGAGCCCCGGGGCCGCGUUCGGGGCUCGGCGCGGGCUCCGGGAGGGGCUCGGGGCUGGAGCGGAGCCCGGCCCGGCGGGACCGAGCGCGGGAUCCCGGGGGCUGCCCGGAGCCCCGGCGGGUCCCGGUCCCAGCGCCCGCCCCGGAGCGGUGCCGGUGCCGGCCCGAGCCCGCCUCGGUCCUGCGGGCCCGGGACCCGCAGCGCGCCCGGCGGGGGAGAGGCGGCACCGCCCGGGCCCCGCAGAGACCCCGGCAGGGCCCGGAGCCGAGGCCCCGGUGCCGGUGCCGGUGGCAGCCCCGCCGCGGGGCUCGGGGUGCCGGAGAAUAAAGCCCAGAGGGCCGGAGCCGGCGCCCCCUGCCCCCGCUGGAGCCCCGCACGGGCCGGGCCCGCCGGGCGGGUCCCGCUGUGCGGGUCUCAAGGAGCGCCCGGCGCCGCCGGGGCUCCGGCUGCCCCCGCACCACAGUGGGGGCUCCCCGGCGGCGCCGGGGCGAGGGGGCCCCCCUAACCCCAUCCCGCCCCCCGGGACACCCCAGUGUGAUGUAGGGAGAGCCGGAGCCCCGGCGGUGUCGGGCCGUGUGUUUGACCGGAAUGGGGACACCCGCCGGGCGGGGCUGUCCCCGUGUGGGGCUUCCAGGGAGGGAGGGGGCGCCGGCUCCGGCCCCGUGGGCUUUAUUGUCCGGCACCCCGAGCCCCGCGGCUGCGGGGGAAAGAGAGAGGGGAGAGAGAACGGGAAUAGGGGGGCGGAGGGGCUGGUCGGGGUCAGGGAAGGGGCGCAGGCGCUCUGGGGCCCCGCGCACCUGUGCAGGCCCCGCCCCGCGCAGGCGCUCUGGGGCCCCGCGCACCUGUGCAGGCCCCGCCCCGCGCAGGCGCUCUGGGGCCCCGCGCACCUGUGCAGGCCCCGCCCCUCACACCUGGGCCGGCCCCGCCCCGCCCGCGCCCGCGCUGAGGUGAGGCCGGGAACGGGACCCGGGACCGAGAGGUCGGCUCCGGGUCCCGCCGGUGUCUGCGGGGGCUUCGGGCGAAGCCGCUUCUCCCUCGACGGGCUGCGGGUCUGGGGCCGCAGGACCGGGGCGGGACUGGGGCAGGGACAGGAACCGGGAGGGGAACCGGGAUUACCGCGGCCGGGAAGAGCCGCUCUGGGACCGAGCCCGGCCCUGCCGCUGCUGCUCCGACUGCGGACCCCGGCGGGGCUGCGGGCGGACCCCGGCGGGGCUGCGGGCGGACCCCGGCGGGGCUGCGGGCGGACCCCGGCGGGGCUGCGGGCGGACCCCGGCGGGGCUGCGGGCGGACCCCGGCGGGGCUGCGGGCGGACCCCGGCGGGGCUGCGGGCGGACCCCGGCGGGGCUGCGGGCGGACCCCGGCGGGGCUGCGGGCGGACCCCGGCGGGGCUGCGGGCGGACCCCGGCGGGGCUGCGGGCGGACCCCGGCGGGGCUGCGGGCGGACCCCGGCGGGGCUGCGGGCGGACCCCGGCGGGGCUGCGGGCGGACCCCGGCGGGGCUGCGGGCGGACCCCGGCGGGGCUGCGGGCGGACCCCGGCGGGGCUGCGGGCGGACCCCGGCGGGGCUGCGGGCGGACCCGGCAGGAAGGUAAAGUUUCCCCAGAGCAGGCGCUGGAUGUCGGCUGGAAGCGGCGGGGUAUGGGAACCGCGGCUCUCGGCCCCGGGACACCCCGGACGCCGUCUGUUCCGCCGGGCAAGGCCGGCCUUGGAGCUCCCCCCUCGGCACAACCUGAGCAGAGCAGAGCCCGCACUCCCGUCCUGUGCCCGCCCCAUCCCGGGGAAAUGAGCAGAGCUGAGCCACCGCCGGCAGGAGAAGCUGCUCCAGAACAGGCACUGUCCUGCUCCAGCCGCUCCUUCCACAGCGGCCAGGUCACAAGACAUCCUGUUAUGGAAGGGACCCACAGGGAUCGUGAAAGUGAGCUCCAAGUGAAUGGCCCAUCCAGUGACUGAACCCACCUUUGGUGUUCUCAGCACCCUGCUCCAAACUGAGCCGACCUCAGGCUAUGAAGUCCUGCCUGGGAUGGAAACUACCGAAAAGGGUUUCUCCAAUAGCUGCAAGGUGUUUGAGCCAUGCACCUUUCCAGGGAGAAACGAGCAAGGCAAGCCCUGAGGGUUCCCUUGGUCCAUGGCAGAAGUGUUCUGGAGUUUUUAAAACGCAGCACUGGAAUAUCCAGGACAUCAGGAGGGGCCCUGGAAGUCACAGGUCAGCGGCAGACUCAGAAGAACAAUCCUGAACUGGUUCUCAGGGCAUGCACCCACUGCAUCCUGUGGCUGCAACAACUCCAGAGCUGCUCCUUCCCCUUGGAACAGCCAGGGAAAACAUCCCCAUCAGGGAUUUCUGACAGGAAAAACCUCACAGCUCCAGGACACUUGGCUCCUCCCAGAUCCAGGCCAGCACUCCAACAGGCUCUAAGGAAUAACCAAGGGGACAGACCCACCUAAGGCUGCACACCACCAUUUUUAACAGCAAAAACAGGGACAAUUUCCUCACUCACCUUUUCUUUGUGGGUGCAGCUCUCCAGAGCCUCACACUCCUUGCCUUCCAUGUCUGCUCCUUUUCC